UUGUCAGUUGCAUGUCUCUUGUGCUUUGCCAAGCUUGCGGCACCAACAGCAGGUGUACUCCCUGCUACUAAAUAAAGAACAGGAGUAGAGAGGCUGGCUAAUUGUUUCUUCGUUAGUGCUGGUAUUUUGUUGUCAUGGGCUAUGCAUACGUCCGUCCGCCCGUCCGUCCGGUUAUCCGUAGUUUGACUGCGUUGUAGGACGAGCUAUAGAGAAGUAUGAGGCGGUGCGGUAUCUUUGUGACUCCUCGUAUUACAACUGUAAGUUAAGCCGACGUGCAGUUGUCUGUGAUCAUUAUACUAUCGAUACCGUUGCCGCUCCCGUUGUCGUAAGAGAAGGGAGUACGUAGGUUUAUGCUGCUCGACAUUAACAUCAGCCGUAUCAGCAUCAUCAGCAGCAGCAGCACCGGGACGAAACUGUUGUGCAGUCGCCUGCUGCUGCGGCCGCCUAUUAUUGUGAUUGUUGUUGUUGUGUUCUAGCAGUCAGCGGACAGCAGCGGUGAUGCCGCUGCUGCUCCUUGUUCUUAUGCUGCUACUAUAGGAGGUCGACGGAACUGAAUCGAGUGUGUAACUGACUGACUGGCUGACAAACAGAGUUGCUGCCGGUUGCUUGAUUGCCCUCGGUGGCCGCCAUUCAUACUAGCAACAGCAUUACCGUGCCCGUUUUACCUACGAGCCGAUCGAUAUCUUCAUUGUCACUAUUUCUACGAUAGCUUCGUUUCCUACUGCUGCUGAAUUUACUCAUUGUUAGGAAAUGUAACAGCCAUCAUGGCAAGGAAAACAUUUAUAGAAAAAGAAAAACAAGGGUGCCAGACGGCAAAAAAGCCAACUUGUUCUCCUUUGUUUUUUUAGCUCGUGCUUGCAUUACUAAUGAUGAUGCUACCGCCAUCGUUGCUACUGUCAUUGCUGUAUAUUAAUUGAUUGACUACGUUGAAAUUGUUUACAGUUUGCUACUUGGCUAGCUGGCUAAGCAAGUCUUUGUCUCUGGUGUAUGGUGCUGUGAUUGAUUCUGUCGUUCUGCUGAACGAUAUCAAGACUACAACUGCUGAAGCUGAGCUGUUACUAUGAAGCCAACGAACGGCAACGGCAGUCGAGUGGUACAAACGGGAUGAGCUACAGUCGUCCGUUCCGUGUCGUCCGUUCAUAUCCGUGCCGCCGUCACGCCAAAACAGCCGCCAGUAGCUAGAGAGACCGGACAAAAGCAGUAGCGAGGGAGCUAGAUUGGCUGCUAAAAUGAGACUCACCUGUGAUGGUUUUUUAUAGUGCUGGUAUUACUUUGAUACAUUGUGAAGUUGUAGAGUAAGUUGGAAAACGGAAGCUUGGCGUCACUUGAAUUGCCGCAACCAUUCAUCUCCAAAAGACCUCCUUUGAGGAUUAACGAGAAAGGAAGUAACUGAUACAGCAUGACAGCUUUGUUUUCUUGGCGGUCCUCGGUUAAGACAAGUUGUGUGCGUCUGAUGUUGGGAAUAAGUUGUGCCGCGACUGCUGCUGCUGCUGCCGCUCGUCAAUAGGGAAAAGGCCGAAAGGAGAAAAGUGAGGCGGAGGAAAAAACUCAAACGCCGACAAAGGUCGUCCUUUUAGAGGUGUACGCAUGUUUAAGAGAUCUGUCGCGUUCAACUCGUAAUAUACAGUGUACUUACCACACUAUAACCAUUCCACCCAAUUCUAUUUGUUUAUACGUGAAGACACCAAGGUUGGAUUAUCACAUGUGUUUGACUGCAUCAUUAAUUAGUAUACUGAUACAGUAAAAGACAAUAUUCGGUUAAUUUCGGCUUUUCGGUUAAUGUAUGUUUGUCAGCGUUCAAUCUUGCCCCGUAUGCAUCGCUUCAUUCAUUGUUUGGUCGUUUUUCACUCGUCGUUCUACUCAUGUCAGCGCUUGUGGUCUGUGCUGACUGCCAACGUUUGAACGAGCAAGAUACAACAGGCUAACGGGCCGACUGACUGAGAGAGGAAAAAUCUGAAAGGAUCGUGAGUGAUCAUGACGAUAGUGGCAGAAGUGGCCUGGCGCUAUCAGCGCUAGGUCUAAUUCUCGCCCGUUGCGAAAUGUACUGAAAUAUAAGAACGGUUGUCGCUGCUGUUCUCGUUCCCAUCGUUUCGAUCGCUAUGGUCAUAAAACCAGAUAAUCGUCCAUCAUCGUCAUCGUCGCCACCACCAUCAUUACAGUGGUUAUCGACAUCAUAUAUGCUAAAGUACUAUCGUCAAUCGACAAAAAGCGGAGAAAGGAGCAGUAGUCCACUUGGCUAUUAGUUACCUAUUACGAUUAACAUAACAAUACCUGAAGCGCUGUCCGGUGAGUGAUUCGGUCACUGGGUUAUACCAUUUAGCGGGCAAAGUUUAAAAAAGACAUGCAAACUGAACAGCUCAUUGUAAGUCAUAAGCAGUAGCUGAAAUGUACAAAUACGAAAUGUUUCUGUGACUGUGGAUGUUCACACACAUUAAUGUAGCAUAGCUUCUGCAGGCAACCUGGACGAAAAAAUUUUAAGCGCCGAGUAUAUCUCAUGAAAUUUGGCUAACUUUAUGCUGUGCAGCUCCGCAUCCUGCUAAACCUUUGCUCGUUUUCAUGCGGCUUACGGUGCGUGUGACUGUUGACAGCACUAGUACUGCUAAAAUAACUGCUGCGAAAGUGGUAACGAAUAAUAGCGCCUUUAAGGUUGAUCAAUCAUCGAAUCUUCACAAAAUAAUAAUAAUAAUAAUAAUAACAAGAACAACGCUGCCGCUCGAUGAAGUUGAUCAAUUUCGUUCCUUCGUCAUUCUUGUUCAUCGUUUUCUGAUUUGUACGAUCCGGGCGCCCAAAUAUUCGAUUCCACUUCUACUGAGCCAAAUUGAAAUCAACGCAACUUGAACUCAUCGUUCGAUUUUGACAGAGACAACAUUGAUUCUGCUUUAGAGUAAAAUUACUACAACUAUCCCUCGUUCAUCGCCUAACCAGUUUAUAGCAGCAAAAUUGGUCACUUACCAGUACUAAAGUUUAUGGAGGUCACGGUUUCAAACUCACGCGCCAUUAAGAUCAGCUGUGCUCCAGCAACAGGAGCAAUGGGUUAGACCACUAACUAGAAUAAUAAUAUAAAGUGCGAAAACAAGUAUAAAGUACACAUACACGAACCUAUCUAGCGACCUCUAUUUAGUAGGGUGAAGUGUCUGCAGCUGGUACUUCAAAUACCUUGAAUCUAUGCAUUGCACAGCACUACCACUGCGUCUACUAUUAAUCCAUUCAAGAAUUUUGAUUGGCAGCUUCAACAGCAAGUAGAAACUGAACAAAUAAAUGGCUAGAGGGAAGUUCCUUUGCAAAAUGUGUAGGCGAUAUGAUCCAUCGAUUGGAUUCGACUGCUCAACGGAUCAACUAAUCGUCGCUAACUGAUUUAUCGUUCCAUCAACUAAUCGAAAGCGUCACCGUCAAUUAUACAAGUAAGCAUCAAACUCCCCGAAUUUAUCGAUCAUCAGCUCCUCGCUAAUGUCGCUUUGUACAAACGACUAUAGCAACAAGAUUCACAACGAGAUCGAUACCGGCAAGUGUGAUGCCCAUUACCGUAGGUUACCCAAUUUUAUAAGAAAGUCGUACGCACACCCAUGGCAACUCUUUGAUUGAUUUUGAGUUUUCAACGGUUUCACAAACAACAAAAAAAGAGUGCUAAGUUAAGCACCCUUUAUGCAGUAAAAGCAAUCUGUUGCAGUUCUGAAGAUCGAUAUAUUAUAAUGUGUUCAUAUUCGCUGAUGACUGAGUAUAUGAUACGUAUUCAGCUAGUAGUAAAUAUCCAUCGAGCAUUCAACUGACAUUCACCAUCUUUUACCUCAUCUUAGGUUCACGCUUAGUCUAUGUUUCUCUGUGGCGCAAUUGUUAUUAAGAAGUGUCUUCGGCGUUACAGUGCUAGUGGUUGUGGUUUUAGCAGCAGUGAUUGUGUGUGGGUGUAUCCUUCCAUUGCAGCGGCUGGUAUCGCUGUGGGAGGCAGAGUUGAUCCUUUUAUUAGUUUUAUUUUAUCGUGAUGGCCCCAAACCGCAAGAUGAACGGCCUUUCGCUAUCCGAACUUUGCUGUCUCUUCUGUUGUCCACCGCUUCCGGGGCGGAUCGCAUCAAAGUUGGCUUUUCUGCCACCAGAGACCACGUACUCGUUUGCACCGGAUGAAAGCGGCUCCAAGUAUGCACUGCAGCUAACUGAACGUGCCGAAUGGCAGUACUCAGCCAGAGAAAUGGAAGCCAUAGAAGUGUUUUAUACAAGGACAUCCCGAGGUAACCGCGUAGCGUGCAUGCUGGUCCGGUGUUCUCCAAAUGCGCGAUUCACCAUUCUCUUCUCACAUGGCAAUGCGAUUGAUCUCGGCCAAAUGUCAUCAUUCUACCUCGGAUUAGGUACCAGGAUCAAUUGCAACAUUUUCUCUUACGAUUACUCGGGCUACGGAGUUUCAACGGGAAAACCAUCAGAAAAGAAUCUCUAUGCAGAUAUCGAUGCUGCAUGGCAAGCAUUACGGACGAGGUACGGGAUUUCGCCGGAGAACAUCAUCCUUUACGGGCAGUCCAUUGGAACUGUGCCCACAGUUGAUCUUGCAAGUAGAUAUGAGGUUGGAGCUGUCGUUUUGCACUCGCCGCUAAUGUCAGGAAUGCGCGUUGCAUUCCCACAAACAAAACGGACGUGGUUCUUUGAUGCGUUUCCCUCGAUCGACAAGAUCCCCAAGAUAUCCUCGCCAGUGCUUGUGAUCCACGGUACUGAAGAUGAGCUGAUUGAUUUUAGUCACGGUCUUGCUAUCUAUGAAAAAUGCCCGCGCCCUGUCGAACCAUUAUGGGUUGAGGGCGCCGGACACAACGAUGUGGAACUGUACUCGCAGUAUCUUGAGCGUCUGAAACGUUUCAUUGCAGUCGAACUCACCACGUAAACACAUUAUACCACGAGUGCUAUCUAUCAUUUUAUCAGUAAAUACAUCACAACUAACAUUACCACCACUUGUAUAUGCUGCAAAAGGAUAAUAUCUGGCUGUUUUAAGAAGACAGGCGUCGUCACUCGAGAAAUCUCCAACAAUGUAAGCUUCAUCGUCAUAUUCAUGAUCAACCCCGUUCAUCGCACGCUCGUCGAUAUUAUUAUGCUGAUGAUGAAGACAUUUUACUUUCAAGCCUGAUCCUACUACGAGGCCUAGAAAAAAAAAUGUGUUUUUCUUCACUUUAGGAACAAGACCUGUCUCCAACAAUGCACAGAAUCAUGUGUUCAAUUCUAGUAUCAUGUGAUGCUGCGACCUGGUAGCUACAUUAGUGCAUCUACCAGCCGCGCAUACGGUCUCAUUCAUAUCUGAUGCAGACUAACAGCGAAAAAGCCCAGACUGCUGCUUGGCAUGAAACGGCAUACGGUUCAACUCGAAUCCAUAUAUGACCAACUAUUUGUAGGAGCAUCUAAUAUCAGCCAGACGAAAGAUCUAUCGAAUUUGGGAAAAGUGUCGUUCAUUCCUAUUUACGCUUAUGGAAACGAAUGUUAUCAAUCAAAAUCAAGUCUGGUCUGAUCGAAUUGACAACCUAUGCUAACGACUGUUCAGGAGAAAGUCGUUGUCAAGCUUUCUUCAGGCCAAGAUAGACAGCUUUUGCUGAAUUCAUAUUAGAUAUAUAAAAAUAAGCAAGGGUCGAGACACAAGCAACGAUUAUAGCUAUGGUGGAUAUAGGAAAGACUGACGAAUACAUGAGUGGAAGAUAGGUGUAAAAAGGUAAGAAUCCAACAACGUGAAAUCAGAAAAUUCGUAACCACAGGCGAGUGAAGCCGUAUCACACACACAGCCAUACGUAUAUACAGAGAAACGAAGUAUGUUCCCGACAGACGGGUGAAAGGCAAAUCUGCAGGACAAUAGGGAAAUCUAGAAGAAAUAGCGAAGUGUGCUGUGGUGUUUUAGCGAAGGAACGUUAGUUACUGCAUCUCAUCAGUGCGUAAGGAUUGGACCAAUACUAACACCGAAAAUAAUAUCCUUAUUGCAAGUGCUAUAAAUAUACAUGUACAUAGUAUCUCUAUUCUAUAAUUAAAUCCUUUUUUCCCCUUUGAUGGAAGCAGGUAGUAGACUCUAUAUGAGAUUUGUACAUAUUUAAGUAGGUGAAAAAGAUCGAUUGACAAAUAUAUAUUUGUCAUUGAGUUAAGGUAAUACUAUCUGUGGGAAUAACAAAAGCUAAAUAAACGAAUUAGUUUAGUAUGUCAGGACAAAACAGGAAAAGAUGGCUUCCGACGCCAACCAAGUUAUAAUAGGAAUAGUAAUACGUUAGCGACUUUACCAUUUAUUCUGAAACCCUUCCAUUAGAUGAACUCCGAGAUUGAUCACGUUAUUAAAUGAGCGCCUGUAAUACUGUGUUUGAAAUGUCAUUAAUGGUAAAAACAAAAAUAACGAAAUGGUGGUAUUAAUCAUAGUAAUAAUGAUUAUUGCUAUUAUUAUGGUUGUUAAUAUGAUUUGUAGGUUGAAAAUUGCUGCGUGUUUUUCUAUCUGUUUGUCUGUACCUGCAUUAAACUUUUCAGCCGACUGAUGAAAACUGG